CCUCUCCCUCUCUUGGAUGUAAUAUGGCGCCGACCGGCCCGCGGAACGCAGCGGCCGGUGGCGACGAGGGCUGGGGCGGCGGCGGCGCCAUGUGCAGAGCCAGGGCGCCGCACGGGGGCGCCGCCGGCGGCCGUGCCCCGGAGGGCAGCCGGGGCGACAGGUGGGCCACCUCCAAGCUGCGGCGGAACAAGUGGAUCAACCGGCAGGUGACGGCGAACUCCGGGAGCAUGGAGGGGCUCCUGCAGACGAUCCACUACCACAUCACCGAGAUGAACGCGAUCAACUUGGUCACGGCGCUGCAUCGCGUGACCAAGCUGGCCGUGUCUGGCCAAGGUGGGUACUCUCCGGAGAUGUUGCUGGAGAACCCCAACUUCAAGCAGCUCUUCAGCACCAUCAAGCAGCAGAUCGAGGGCUCCGCGCGCCUGCUGCUGGAGAGUCGGCAGACGCAGGUCCCUUUCGAGGUCCAGUGCAUGAGCAUGGUCUGCUGGUCCUGCGCUACGCUGAGGCUGCCGGAGGAGCAGCUGCUCUCCCUCAUCUCGGGCAUCGCCGCGCCCCGGCUUUCGCAGUUGAAGCCUUUCGAGCUCUCGAACAUGGUCUGGGCGUACGCCAAGCUGCACAUGGAGGUGCCCCAGCUCUUUGUCCACGUCGCCAAGCGCAUGAUCGAGCGCGCGCCCGGCGAGUUCAGCCUGCAGUGCCUCUCCAUCAUCGCCUGGUCCUUCGCGACCGCGAAGCAGAAGCACGGCGCCAUGUUCGGGAACCUGGCCGUGGAGAUCUUCUCCAAGGCGGCCGAGGCGAAGCCGCAGGAGAUCGCCAACACCCUCUGGGCCUACGCGAAGAACCGCUCCAUGGAGGUGCCCCUGUUCACGGAGCUCGGGAACAUGGCCAUCUGCGACGAGCUGCUCUGGGCGUUCAAGCCGCAGGAGCUGUCGAAUACGGCCUGGGCGUUCGCGACCGUGGGCCUGCCGCACGAGCCUCUCUUCCGGGCCAUGGUGCCCGUGGCGAUCGAGAAGCGCAGGGAGAUGUCGCCGCAGAACACCGCAAACAUCCUGUGGGCGUACUCGAAGCUUCGGGCCUGCAGGCAGUCUGGGCUGGUGCCAGCGCUUCUCGGCGCGUCCCUGGGCAAGCUGUCCGAGCACAAGCCGCAGGAGAUCUCGGCCAUCGUGUGGGCCGCCUCCCACGAGGCCGGCGCGGCCUGCCGGGGCUUCUUCGAGGCCGCGGCGCAGAUCUGCGUGCACCGCCUCCACGACUUCCCCCCCCACGCCCUCGCCUACAUGGUCGAGGCUUUCGCGAGCGUCGACCAGGGCACCUCCGACUUCUCCGUGGCCAUGGUGCGCGAGAGCCUUCGCAGGCUGCACCACUUCGAGUCCUCCGCGCUCGCGCACCUCCUGCCCGGCGUGGCCCUGCUGGCCCAGGACGGCAACGCGGAGCACCCCAGCGCGCUAGGGCCCGUGUGCGCCCGCAUCGCGGGCCACCUGGCGGACCUGCCGGACGCCGACGUGUCGCUCGUCUCCGCCUCGCUGGAGCGCCUGCCGGCCUCCGUCGCGGAGGGCGAGCCUCUCGCGGACGAGCUGCGGCAGGCCGCGGCCGCCGAGGAGCAGCGGCGCGAGCGGGCGCGGAGCGGCUCCGCGGGCCGGCCGCGCGCGGCGCGCCGGGCGCAGGGCGAGGCGCCGCAGGGCGGCGGCCGGCCCGCCGGGGAGGCGCGGAGGCAGGCGCCCUCGAGGCGGCCGCCGGACUCGGCGCAGCAGCCGUGGGCCGCGCAGGAGCCCGACGCGGGCACGCCGACCAGCUCCCAGGGCAGGGGCGCGGGCCACGAGGCCGCGCCCCACGAGGCCGGGGCCUCCCCGGCGGGGGGCGGCGCGGCGGCCGCGUGGCCCCCGGCCGAGGUCGCCUCGAGCUUGGCCGGGCCGGGCUGGACGUCGACGUCGCAGCCGCUCGGGGCCGCCGGGGGCUUCUUCUGCGCGGAGGCGUUCCCCGCGGUGACCACCACGAGCUGGGCGUCAGUCCCCGAGCCGCCAGGUCUGAGCGCCUGGUGGGCCUCGACGGGGCAGCCGGCGCCCCCGAGCAGCGCCGACGCCGCGGGAGCCGACAGCCCGGAAGGGGCGCAGCCGCCGGGCGCCCCCGACGACGCCGAGGCCGAGCAGCGGCUCCUCCCCGAGGGGCUCCUGGACCCGCCGAGCGAGCGGCAGUGACGAGUGCUUCUGUCGGACUUGCCCGGCGAGUGGCGGGCGCCCCAGGGUAGGAGUGAAGAAGGUGGUCUGCCCCACCCCCGCAUCCCCAAACUCGGCGAAUGGCCGUUCGGCCCCCUCACUCUGAUAGUACGCGUCUCCCCCUCCGUCUUCACGAUGAUGCGGUGGAGGCGCUCCUCUGUUCGACGUUCCCGAGUACGGGGUAAUUCGCUCGGCCCGCGGCACUGCAGCUGGCAGACCCUCGCAGCUCGAAGGUCAUCGGCCCCCUGCUCCGCAGCUCAGGGGCCAGAUUGACGAGCGCAGGGGCUCAGAUCGAAGAAGGACAGCGGUAUGAGCAGAAUCUGUCGCGGAGCUCUGGUGGGGUUCGAAUGUGGCCCCCGGUGAGAGGCCUCAGAGUUUUUUUUGUUGCAUGGCCGCACACCCGCAGACCCAGCGUCCUGCCUGUAUCAAAUUUUCUACAGCGGCCUCUGUGGCUGGGCAGCCCGGUCUCCCACUGUUACGGGCUGCCCAAGACUGAGAUGAUCCCCUGGCAACCCCGACGUGCUUCUCAUGCGGCCAGAGGUGCCCAGAGAGUCGGGUCGGUGUCCCAGCGGGAGAUUUUCGCAGAGGCGAAUAGUAAAGACAAAGACAGACCUCGGUGUCCCAGCGGGAGAUUUUUUCGCGGAGGCGAAUAGUAAAGACAAAGACAGUACCCCAAAGACCUUCAGCAGAAGUGACGCAGCUCACAAAAAAAUAACAUCGAUCCGCCCUUCCUCGAUCUCCGUCUCCGCGACCGCUCAUGCUCCCACCCUGUGAGGACAGAGGCACGGA